GAGGCCAUAUUGAAGUCAUCAGGUAGUUGGCCAGAUUGGACUAAACGGCAGCAAUGGUGGCCGCAAAGAAAACGAAAAAGUCUCUGGAGUCCAUCAACUCCCGGCUUCAGCUGGUGAUGAAGAGUGGCAAAUAUGUGCUGGGAUACAAACAGUCUCAGAAGAUGAUUCGCCAAGGCAAAGCCAAGCUGGUCAUCCUGGCCAACAACUGCCCUGCACUGAGGAAGUCAGAAAUUGAGUACUAUGCUAUGUUGGCCAAAACUGGCGUCCACCAUUACAGUGGAAACAACAUUGAGCUUGGAACAGCCUGUGGUAAAUACUUCAGGGUGUGCACACUGGCUAUCAUUGACCCUGGCGAUUCUGACAUCAUCAGAAGCAUGCCAGACCAGCAGCAGGGCGAGAAGUAGAACCAUUUUUUCCUCACGUUGUUUAAAUAAAUUCGGUUGAAAUGGU